CCGCUCCGCCCGACCGAUUCACACUUUUUUAUUUUCCCUCCGAACGUAGCGACCGCUGUGACAUCCCGAUUUUCACACAAAAGUCCACUCGGACCGCGGUGCCGUGACGUGAACGCGAGAAAAGGCGGCGGCCGCAACGCCGCCCACCGCCGUGUAGCCCGAAACCAAAAUGGCAGGACGAAGGCUCCGCUCCCGUGCGCGAGCCCGCCUGUGACCGAGCGCUUCAGUCCGCGGGCGGUAUGUGUCCGUUAUAUAAAUGUUACGCAAGUUGAGGACCGAGUGCCCACGAGAAGGUGCAUCAAUUGUAACACGAACUAGCGGACAGGCUCGGUGGUGCAGUGUGCUGGAGCCCAUGUAACGUGCGCGAGGACCCGGGGCUAUGAACAUGAGUUACGGCUCGGGCGGCAUGUCGGGCGGCGGCGGCGACACGGACACGCUGUCGCGGCGCCUGCGCGACGCCGAGCGCGCGCGAGCCGACGCCGAGCGGGCGCACGCCGACGCGCUCGCGCAGCUCCGCUCGGCGCAGCGCUCGCCGCUCGACGCGCACAACAUGGAGCAGCUGCAGUCGCGCGCCAGGGAGCUGGAGAAGAAGGCUGCUUUGGAAACCGUGCGCUGCGAAGAGCUGCAACUGGAGCUGUCGUCAGCGCUGCGCGCGCGCGGCGGGCACGGCGGGCACGGCGCGCCCGGCGGCGGCGGGUGGGGCGCGCCGCAGUCGCAGCCCGCCUCCGAGAUCGAACGCAUCAUGGCUAAGAUUGAGCAGGACAACCGCAUCCUGGCGGAAUUGGAGCACACUAGGUCUACAACACACGGUAUGCAGUCGAGCGGAUCGAACCAAGCCCUAGGAGAGUUCCAUUCGCCGACGCCAUCGCCAUUGCCACACUUGUACACGAGCACGUCGGGCCACGCCGCCAUCUGCCAGAGCAACACCAUGCCCACGCUGUCCACUCUCCACGCNGCGGCCGCCCCGGAGUCUCGGAGUCUGGGCCCGGGAGGGGAAGGUCAUCGAAAUCAGAACAUGAGUUACGGCUCGGGCGGCAUGUCGGGCGGCGGCGGCGACACGGACACGCUGUCGCGGCGCCUGCGCGACGCCGAGCGCGCGCGAGCCGACGCCGAGCGCGCGCACGCCGACGCGCUCGCGCAGCUCCGCUCGGCGCAGCGCUCGCCGCUCGACGCGCACAACGUGGAGCAGCUGCAGUCGCGCGCCAGGGAGCUGGAGAAGAAGCGUUCGCACGCCGACGCGCUCGCGCAGCUCCGCUCGGCGCAGCGCUCGCCGCUCGACGCGCACAACGUGGAGCAGCUGCAGUCGCGCGCCAGGGAGCUGGAGAAGAAGCGUUCACACGCCGACGCGCUCGCGCAGCUCCGCUCGGCGCAGCGCUCGCCGCUCGACGCGCACAACGUGGAGCAGCUGCAGUCGCGCGCCAGGGAGCUGGAGAAGAAGAGGGGCCAGAGUUACGCCGACGAGCUCGCGCAUCCCCGCUCGGCGCAGCGCUCGCCGCUCGAAGCGCACAACGUGGAGCAGCUGCAGUCGCGCGCCAGGGAGCUGGAGAAGAAGCAUAAUUUAGUAAAGAGUGGUGACGCCGAGCGGGCGCACGCCGACGCGCUCGCGCAGCUCCGCUCGGCGCAGCGCUCGCUGCUCGACGCGCACAACGUGGAGCAGCUGCAGUCGCGCGCCAGGGAGCUGGAGAAGAAGCUCCGCUCGGCGCAGCGCUCGCCGCUCGACGCGCACAACGUGGAGCAGCUGCAGUCGCGCGCCAGGGAGCUGGAGAAGAAGCGUUCACACGCCGACGCGCUGGCGCAGCUCCGCUCGGCGCAGCGCUCGCCGCUCGACGCGCACAACGUGGAGCAGCUGCAGUCGCGCGCCAGGGAGCUGGAGAAGAAGGCUGCUUUAGAAACCGUGCGCUGCGAAGAGCUGCAACUGGAGCUGUCGUCGGCGCUGCGCGCGCGCGGCGGGCACGGCGGCCACGGCGCGCCCGGCGGCGGCGGGUGGGGCGCGCCGCAGUCGCAGCCCGCCUCCGAGAUCGAGCGCAUCAUGGCUAAGAUUGAGCAGGACAACCGCAUCCUGGCGGAAUUGGAGCACACUAGGUCUACAACACACGGUAUGCAGUCAAGCGGAUCGAACCAAGCCCUGGGAGAGUUCCAUUCGCCGACGCCAUCGCCACUGCCACACUUGUACACGAGCACGUCGGGCCACGCCGCCAUCUGCCAGAGCAACACUAUGCCCACGCUGUCCACGCUCCACGCCACCGGCCAGUUCACGGCGCCCAGCUCCAACUCCGUCGCCUACUCCAUGAGCGCGCACAACCCCACCUCAUACUCCAACCCUGUCUCAGCCUACUCCACUAACUCCUACCUUCCAAACACCCACCAAGUCACCUUCACCAACCCAGUUACCGCGCCGCUAGUUAAUAACAUUAGUCAAAUAUCAAGCACCCUCGCCGGGCUGCAGAGCAAUCUUCAGAACAUUACAGGGAAUGUGUCGGGCAUGAAUUUGGGAGGUGGUCUCACCGGUUCCGGACUAACUGGAACGCUCCCCGGAUCAGGCCUGACCAGUUGCUUGAACAACGUACAAACCAGCUUAUCUGGAGGCCUUACGAGUACCCUCAGUGGAAUACAGUCAAGCUUAACAGGUGCUCUCAAUCCUUUAUCUAACAUAACCGGUGCUACUCAACUCGGAACUUUGAACACCAGCCUGACGGGCACGAACGCAUAUGGCACCGGCACUUAUACGAACCCCCUACUCUCAAGUGGCUUAGGAACAAAUGCAAUGAAUAUAAAACUUAAACCUUUAGACGAAAUCGACCUCGGUAUAGGUAGAUAUGGAACUACUACGAGUGGAGUAGGCAGAGUGGCGACUCCCGUGACUCCGCACCAACCCUCAUGGAGUUUAGGUUUAGAUAGCCAAUUUGGACCUGAUAGAAUGGCUGGCAUGGAUUCAGGGUUCAGCCACGACCGAAACCAACGAGCUUUGUCUAGAAUUAUGCCCAAUUCUGGAUUAGAAAUGGAUGUCCGAAACACACAUUUCAUGAACGGCGCUGUAACCAAUGAGCCUCAAGUGGACAUGCUGGAUAUUCCUGGAAAGGGCCGUUGCUGUGUUUACAUUGCCCGAUUUUCAUACGAUCCACCGGAGAUCGAAAGUGCAGAAGGUGAACUAUCGAUAUGUGCCGGUGAUUAUUUGCUAGUCUGGGGUCCACCAGAUCCUAAUGCAUCCAUGCUAGAUGCGGAAUUGUUAGAUGGCAGAAGAGGCUUAGUACCAGCUAAUUUCGUACAAAGAUUAGUCGGAGAUGAUCUUUUAGAAUUUCAUCAGACUUGUUCGCAGGCGGUGGUGACCACUCUGAGGGACGUCGAUGAGUCUGCCACGACCGCGGUCAGUGACCUCUCCCUCAGCCGUGACGUGGCACGCCUGAGCGAAGUGGCAGACAUCAGCGAAGGGCCCGAAGACGACGACAAUGUGCCUGCGCCGCGGCAGCUGACCCUGGAGCGGCAGUUGAACAAGUCCGUGCUCAUCGGCUGGACGGCGCCCGAGGGCGUCCAGCAGGCUAACAUCGAGAGCUACCACGUCUACGUCGACGGAGUCCUCAAAACGACCGUCAAGGCUACCGAGCGCACCCGCGCUCUGGUCGAAGGAGUCGACUCCAACAGACCACACCGCAUCAGCGUGCGCUCAGUGACCGCUUCCCGCCGUACGUCUCGCGACGCCGCUUGCACCAUGGUCAUUGGCCGAGACACCGCGAACAUGGGGCCUACGUGCGUGAGGGCCAGUGGAGUCACUUGUUCUCAAGCUGUCAUUUCUUGGUUGCCCGCCAACUCGAACCAUCAGCAUGUCGUCUGUGUCAACAACGUUGAAGUUCGUACUGUGAAGCCAGGUGUGUACCGCCAUACUAUCACGGGGCUGUCACCUAGCACGCAGUACAGAGUAACAGUCCGAGCAAAACAUUUGAGAGCCGGCCCGCCUUCUGGAAUAACUAUAGAAGAAGCUCCAGGCGCUUACACGGACUUUAGAACCCUGCCCAAAGGCCUUCCCGAUCCACCGAACGAAAUCAUGGUGGAAGCGGGGCCCCAGGACGGCACUCUGCUCGUCACCUGGCAACCGGUGCUCCGCCCGCCGGCCUCUGGACCCGUCACUGGAUACGCAGUGUACGCGGACGGCAAGAAGGUGACCGACGUCGACUCCCCCACCGGGGACCACGCGCUCAUCGAUAUCGGGAAACUGAUCGGCCUCAAUCCUAAAUGUGUCACAGUUCGUACAAAAUCCCGGGACAGUCAGUCCAGUGACAGUGCUCCGACGCCUAUCCCUCCUGCGGUGCUCCGAGGGGUAGCUUCGAGGAUGCCCCGCGGCCCUGGGCCUGGGCCCAAUCAAGUUGGACCAGGUGUUUUCCGUGGCCCGCAGCAAAGGCCCCAACCGUACCAACAGCAUCAGCAAGUGAUAGAACACGAUGAAAAUUUAUCCGAUAAGGAGAUUUUCCCUACUGCUAAUCGUCACGACCAACACGCUGCUCAGCCCACGAGCGGAUUCGGCACAGGCCUCCUAAAGAGUAUAUUCGACAAAAUAACCCCUUCGCAAUCGGGAAUACCGGCCAUCGAAAUCACUAAAGAGGGCGCGACGGAGCUGGGUAGCGAGGACGAGGAGGCGACGCGCCGCCGCCCGCAGCAGCAACCGUCCCAACCAGCGCAAGCGUCGCAGCAGCCAUUGGGUCCGCCGUACCCGAGUACACCAGCUUACCAUGGCACGCAGCAACCGCCCUAUCCACCGGGCGGCCCGUUCCCAAGUAGCCAGCAGCCGCCGUACCCCGGCCAGCCGCAGCAGUUCCAGAACCCGCCACCACGGAACCACCACGAAAGGGGGCGACCUCCUAACCCUCAUCAGCAGCAGGCGCAGCAGAGUAACCUCCAAUACGGGCCCCGGGGCGGCCCACCCCCAGGGCCCCGGGGCCCGCAGCCGGGUCAGCGCCACCCGCAGCAAGGCCACCCCCAGUCCAAGAGGAGUCGCUACUUCAUUGCGCUCUUUGACUACGACCCAGCCACAAUGAGUCCCAAUCCCGAGAGCUGUGACGAAGAACUGCCGUUUAGUGAAGGAGACACUAUCAAGGUGUGGGGCGACAAAGACGCGGACGGCUUCUACUGGGGCGAAUGCCGCGGGCGGCGCGGCUACGUGCCUCACAACAUGGUGGUGGAGGUUUCGGAGCAGGAGAUGGCGGGCCAGGCCGCGGCCAAGCCCCGCGACCGCUGGACCGACGCCUACCAGAACCAGCCCGUCCGCAGGAUGGUGGCGCUCUACGACUACGACCCACAGGAACUGAGCCCCAACGUGGACGCUGAUAGACGGCACGUGUUGCAGGCGGAGCUGAGCUUCCAGACGGGGCAGAUCAUCCACGUGUAUGGAGAGAUGGACGACGACGGGUUCUUCAUGGCGGAGAUUGAUGGCGUGAGGGGGCUCGUGCCGAGCAACUUUCUCACUGAGGCGAACGACCAGUACGCGCCGGGGCAGGCUGGCCAAGGGCCGGGCGCAGGGCGCGGGCGCGGCGUGGCCCCGGGGCCCGGCGCGCGCGGGCCCCCGCCGCCGCCGCGGGACAACGUCGCCCCCGCGCCCCGUAACCACCACCGCAAAACAGAUGCCUGCCCUCUUCCCCCUUCUCAGUUAGACCACAACACAUGCGCCAGUAAUCCAGAACAGGCGAAUUCUCAGGCGAGGGCGAGAGGCGUGGCGAGCGCGCAGCCGGCGAGCACGAUCGCGCGCACGAGCGCUGGUAACGCGGGCACGCCCACGGUGCAGUCGCCGGGCACGGCCGCCGGCACGCCGCUGGCCACCACCGGCGUCACCGCCAGCGUGGCCGGCACCGCCGCCGUCACCGUCUCCCCGGCCCGCCGGCCCGGGCCCGCCGUCGUCCCCGCGCCCACUGCGCAGCCCCUCCAGCCCGCGCAGCCCCCCACUUCCCAGCCCAACCUCAUGCAGAAGUUCUCCGAGAUGACCGCCCCGGGCGGCGACAUCCUCAGCAAAGGCAAGGAGCUCAUUUUCAUGAAGUUCGGCCUCGGCGGCAAAUAAUGCCGGCGGGGCGGGCUCCGCGCCCCCUCCGCCGUCCCCUCGCGGGGCUGAACCGAGCGCCCCCGCCCAGUAGGGCUCUGCUGCGACUGACCUGCCCUCGGCGUGAAGUCGGUGGCGAUGUUCAAACUUUUCUACUUAGGCCGGCUGAUCUACCAGUACCGAAGUACUUACUUUAGGAAAUGUUGUAAAUAAUAAUUCAAUAAACGCACAGUCUAGUGAAAUAUUCAAGUAUUAGUGCUGUCUCGAUAGUACCCACGGUUGGAGUAUAAACACAUGAAAUUAGUCGUGUAUCUAAUGUUUUCUAUCUUCGGACUUUUGCCCAUCUGUUAGGUUAGAAUACGAGUGAAUUGUUUAACACAUAAUUGCAUUGGAACUGCAUUAUUCAGUAUGUAUAGGUAUGAAAAUAUAUAAAGUUAUAAUCUAGUUACUAUUUCACAAUCCUUGUGGUAUAGAGUUGUUGUGAUUUACUACGUUACGUUUUCGAUCGCUAGCUGUGAGUUACCUUUAAAUAUUUAAUACAAAACCUUGAAGUAUCAAAUUUUACUAACCUUGUUUUAUGGAAUAACUUUUACAAUACAAAUUUACAGUAUAAUAAUGUUAUAAAAUUAUAAUAAUAUCCUCUUCCAAAUAUUAAUUAUCAUUUUUUCAGUUCAAUUAUUGCCGACACUUUGUCCCAUUUUAACCGUCCUACUGAGUGACCAAAUUUUCAAUAAUAUCGUUUUUCUCAGUGACCAUGACGAAGCCCUGUGCAAUAUAAUGACAAUGAUGUGAAUAAUGAAACGUAAAAUGUACAAUAAUGUAAUCAUGCAGUAUAAACUUUGGCAAUAAUAAUGUCAUCCAUAUAGCUAAAUAAAAACGGGAGUUAAUGUUAAAAGUUGAUCCUACCUUAAUAUCUUAUAUAAUCUUCAAAGCCAUAUAAAUCUUAUAUUUAAGUUGGGUUAUAUCUUAUAAUUCACAUUUGAAUACUGGUAAUAAAUAUCUUGAAAUUAAUAAAAGUAGGUGCCUAUAGUGAUUUGGCAGUAUCCGGAGACUAAGGCAAACCCAAAAACAAAAAUCCGAUUCUUCGUUAAUAACUUAAGAACAUAAAAUAAGUGCAUUCAAUUUAUUCGCCUGAUCCCUUAAUCUCGACAUAAUAAUAUUCUGUGAUAGUAGACGUGAUACCAUCUUUAUCAUUCUAAUAAUAUACAUUUCUGCGUCAUUUAUCACUUAGGAAUACAUAACAUACAAUCCCAGAUUCAGACAUCAACUUAAUAUAAUAUCUACCUAUUGAAACUUCAUCGACGUUCGUUUUGUAAUGAUUUAUAUAAUUAAAGAGAUUUCUUUAAACAAAUAUUACGGUGUGAAAUCUAAAUGGAUAGGUAGGUACCUUGGACUUCUUACGUAAAUUUUUGAAUCAAUAAUUAUUGCAGGUGAAGACUUUACCUUCAUAUGUUUAAACUAAUCAAGAAUAACAAUUAUGGUUACGUUGUUUAAAAUUAAAAACUAUGUUAAGUAUAUUGAAGUGGUCUCUCAUGAAAUGUUUUUCAUACUUAGAAAUGCGUUUCGAGUAAUAGCAAAUAAAUGCAUUGUUCGUUGUUUUAAAUAUUUAUGCAGUUAGAUACUUAUUCAUUAUGGUAUAACGAGUCCAUAAUAUUAUAACUAUUGUUGACAACCGACAAAAGACUGCUUGCAAUCAAGUUUCGUUACAUUUAGAAAAUAUAAUCUUAACAAAAAUAUAAGUAUUUAUGGAGUGUUAAAUUUUUUCAUGAGCGCAAACGAAACUUACGUAAUGUAGGUACCUACAAGGGAAGUCCUACAAAGCGACGUUGGAAUUUAAAUAAUUUAUAAAUGUUCUAAAGUUGUUGUUGUACAUAUUGAACGGUAAGUCGCUUGGAUUGUAGGCUAUUUCGAGAUUGCUCACUUUGUACAAGGGAUUCUCUAUUAAGUCCUUUAUAUCGCUUCGUAUUUAUCCAAUACAUUCUCGUUCUCGUGUAUUUAAACCUUUUCACAUAUAAAAUCCAGAUUUAGCUUGCGAUUCCUAGAUAGCCAUCGUGUAUAACGUAUAUAACCCCACUGUUUAGUCCACAAUAAUGUAUAACUAUGUAUGUAUAUUUAAAUUGGUUGUACAUAAUCAUGCGUGCGCCUGGGGUGAAAUAUUUUAGCUAAGCACUGUGCUACAUAUCUACCUAUAUAACCUGUAUUUGAAGUUUUUCUAUCAUUAAUUAAUAUUCUAGCGUUAUUUCUAACACCGUUCGAAGUUGUUCACUUGUUUAUACAUUGUUAUAUAUCUGUAUCCAUAUCUUUUAUCACGACAUGUAUAACUACGUGUAUGGUUAUUUAUACGAGAUAAUAUAAAAUAUGUAUAUUAAUCGUGCAUUCAUGUGUGCAUAAUUUAAUAUAAAGAGUUGUAUAUUACUUAUAUACUUAAUGAUGAAUUAUGGCAACACUAUAAUGAAUAAAUCUCUACCAAUGUACCAAUGAAAUAUG